AUGUUCCUCUUCAACUGGAGUAUUGAUUCGUUCUGGAGCGUGGUUUGGCAGUUCUGGCUCCACUGCGCGCCAGUCCUUCUGCAUUGGGCAGAUGGCAUGCUUAAUUUCAAGGAGCUGCAGGCUGCCUACUCUCCACCGAUGACAGGUGGCACAACGUCGAUUUGGGAUGCUGGAGGGCUGGUCCCAGCGAUGCGCUUUGCCUCGUCGCGCAGCUUGCUGCGUGCCUGGUCUGCAGCUGCAGGCUACUUCAUGCUCGAAUGUGCUUGGAGUGCUACUACGCAGGUGUCGCGACGCGAAUUCGGAGUGCACAAGCUCUUGGAGGUGUCCAGCAUGGAGGAGGUGCUUCGAUUGGCGGCUUCCCUCGUUGCAUAUUCAGUUUUCACCCAUCGGCUGUUUACGGUUCCAGAAGCACCAGCCAUGAGCAAGCAGCAAAAGGACACAUGA